CGUGAGUGCGGUAGAGCAGCGCUCAAUCAUUUGUCCCCAGUCAUUCCUAUCCACCCUAGGUGGCAGGUGCUGGUGUCUGUCUCCUGUGCUGCUGCUUCGCUGAGUCCUGUGCUGUCCUUCUGGAUCCUGUGUUGUUCUUCUGGCUUCUUUACUGUUUUGGCGCUCCAAAAGCAAAUCUGGCAUCUUCCUGCAGCUUCACCACCAGAGGACGUGAGAUUACACCAGGAUAGAGGCUUCUGUCUUCACUAUGGAUGAGAUCCUUAUUCUCCAGAUGGGAGGAACCAUCGAUAAGGACUAUCCGAAGACCAAAGGCGGCUUCUACUUUGAGGUGGGAGAGCCAGCUGUGAGGCGGGUACUGGCGAGGCUCCGGCCAGCCAGAUCUGUCAUCACAACGUAUGACACCAUCUGCAGGAAAGACAGUCAGGAUGUCACCGACGAUGACAGAGAAGCAUUGGUGGAGCGAGUGAGUAAUGCUGGACAGUGUAAAAUAGUGGUGACACACGGUACUGACACACUCCUGCAGACCUCCACCUAUCUGGCCAACAGUCUCCGUCAGCGAGGUGUCAACACUAAGACAGUGGUCUUCACAGGAGCCCACACUCCGGAGAAAUUCAGAGACACGGACGCCGACUUCAACAUUGGGGUGGCCCUGGGCGGCGUACAGGCCGCCGUUCCCGGCGUCUGGGUGGCCAUGAAUGGUAUCCUCCUUCAGUGGGAUCGUGUGGAACGGGACGAUACCGGCCAAUUCGUUCCUCGACGCCGACAACUUCCAGUCACUGUUUAACUACACGCCAGUUAUUUAACAAUAUCUAGUCGUAGUCAUUUGCGUGACUGAACUGACUGUCUUCUAACUAACAGCUCCCACUCACCGUUUUACUGUCACUCAAUGAGAAACUUUCCAUGACAGUCUAGCUUGUCAAAAUCUUAGCUUCUAUUCUGAUAGCUAAUUGCCUGGCAACUAUCUAUUCUUCUUAAGCAUUUUACUGUCGUUUGUUUAAGAGAAAUAUAUAUCAUGUCUUUUAUUUUUCGUGGGUUU